AUGAUCAUCAACGUUUGCGCGUCCAGUGUGACCCGGGAACCGGCAUACUACGUCUCGAAUUAUUACUAUACUGAUGAAGCCACGUCGUCGAGUAAAGACGACGAGACGGCUUCGGAGUCGGAUUCGCAGAGCUCCGAACACCCGAAAAAACCGUCGACCACCUUGAAGUCGUCGGACAAAGAGCCAACGAUCCCGAAGAAAGAGUUCAAAAAGACGAAGCUGUUCGAGAAGAUUCGGCAGAUGAUCACCAAGCGGAAA